AUGGCCAGAACGAGUCUCUCCAAUUCGUCUGAAAACAGUUCACGGAGUGGCUACAGCCCACAGUUUGAUGAUGACACCCAAUACGAGCUGCGGCCUAAAAAUAGCAACCAAUCAAAUCUCGCAAAAAGAGACAGCGAUCAGUCAAUCCCCAGCGACGGGACGGACUCGCGGAAGAACCACAACGCUUUUGAAUUCACGGAUACCAAACGAGGUAGUCUAGAUGUGAGCAGUGACUUGUUCGAUGUCGGUACCGACUCCAAAGGCAAAGGCGCAAGUGCCGAUAGUGCACAACCACCCACAGCCGCACCCAACUACACCACAGCUGCACCUGCACCCGAUUAUGAGGAUGCCCAACUGCUGCACUUUGCAUCUCCUAGAACCAGUCUGCCUUCCGAGUUCACUACAACGGAUGACAAUGAAUUCGGACAAUACGACGACAUGGACAGGUUACGCAAGGACGCUAUGCGCGAUCUCAUUGGCAGCGCAACGGACGAUUCAGAAUCAGACUCUGAGGUGGACACACAGGGAACACUAGACGAACAGCACACAGGCACCUCCACUCGACCCUUAGACACGUCUCUAGAGAAAUCAUCAGAUUUUUUUGAGGAAGAGGACACUGUGAGUACCGCUGCGUCGGACGGGUCGACGUGGGCGGCUCUCGGCGAACCGUACGUGGGAGUAUCUCAGAGUAAAAGUGCUCUUGGAGUUACUCUGUAUAGAUGGCGAGCAAGCAAUGUAGACACACCUACAGGCUCGUUAACAGCCCAUAGUGCCGGGGCGCUGGGAAACGGACGACCUCGUGCGGAGUCACUUCGACCGGCGCGUGUACCCUCUCGGCGCACUUCAAAACCAACGAUAGGCUAUUCACAAUCAGUGCAGGGCAGGAAGGGGUGCAGCUCCAGCUCCAGUAGUCAACCUACCACCCUCCGCCAUGAAACAAGGCAAUCGAACGCGACAAGGGCGCGGCCCUCGGAUCACGGUGUCGUUUGGUGAUUUGCCGUUUGGCGCAGGAGAACGGCGGCGAAACCUCAGUUCACCACCCCCUAGUAGAUAGUGCACUAUAGUGCUGUGAUAGACUAAAUAAAGGAUAAUGCGA